UAUUUUUAGGUGUAUCUAAUUAAAAUCAGUUUUUGUAUGAAAUUAGUACACAAUACUUAUAUUUUUGUGUUACUUAGACACAAUAUUUGUAGUUUUGUAUUAUAAAUGAUACAAUAUUUAUAGUUUUAUGCAAUUUACUCAUUAUUAUUUAUGUCAUAUAAGUAAUAUGCAAAAUUAAAAUUGAUUAAUAAUAACUGCCAAAAGCCAUGUCUUUCCGGUCCUGGAAACAGCACCCUGAAUAAAGUAACAUAAAUCACCAACCACCAAUAAAAGAAAAAAGAACAACGCUGUUCAAUUAAAGAAAAACAGAAAGGCGAACUGCCACGGACCCGAGAAGUGAGUGCUGCCCCGUCAAUGUCGCCGGGAAGCCAAGAAAAGCAAAGCAAACCCUUUGGUUUCUCUUUCCUCCUCCACCCCUGGCUUCCUCCCCUUCCCAUUUCUCCUCCAAAUCGUUGCUCUUUUUAGUUUCUUUUGCUUGCACUCAGUUCCUGGAAAGAGAGGUGGUUGCAAUGGGAGGUAGCGGAGCGCUGAUCUCGGUUUACCCGGAGGAGCUCACCUUCUUACUUGAGCUGGACAAGCCGUGCUAUUGCAAUCUCAAGGUGGUGAACAACAGCGAGCACCAUGUCGCAUUCAAGGUGAAGACAACAUCACCGAGGAAGUAUUUUGUCCGGCCGAACGCGAGCAUCGUCCAGCCGUGGGAUUCUUGCACUAUAACGAUCACACUCCAGGCACAGAAAGAGUACCCACCAGAAAUGCAAUGCAAGGAUAAGUUCUUGAUUCAGAGCACGAAGGUGGUUGCCAGUACUGAUAUGGAUGAGAUCCCCCCUGAUACGUUCAACAAGGAAGUUGAUAAGGUAAUUGAGGAAAUGAAGCUUAAGGUUGUUUACACAAUACCUAGUGGAGGCUCAGACGACUCUAGUGUGACAUCUUCAGGAAACAGGAGCUUCAAAGCGGCGUCUGAUGAUCUGACGAUGCUGAAGAAUGCAAGCAUUGAUGAGAUCCAGACAAUUCAGCGCCUGAAGGAAGAAAGAGAUAACAUGCUUCAGCAAAAUCAGCAAAUGCAACGUGAACUGGAUGUGCUCAGGAGGCGUAGGAGCCGCAAAGGUGACUCGGGCUUCUCCUUGACAUUUGCUGCUUUUGCUGGGGUAAUAGGUCUUCUGGUCGGGCUUCUGAUGAGCCUCAUCUUCUCUUCCCCACCGGCCACUGCUUAAGACACAAAGGUUGCAGACUAGAGAAGCAGUGUUCAGGAUCGACAUCAGGAUGAGCUCGGUAAAAAGGAUGGAAAUUUCAAUUCCAGUCUCCAUUGUUAUUCUGUUGUUCUUUAGGCUGUAGUUAUGUGAAACGAUAACGGGUCGCAAUGAUCCACCCGUGCUUGCUUCAUCUUCCAUUUGUAUUUGCCCUUCGGUUGCAAUCCUUUAUGUAUUUAGUUCGAUAUGUAUCAGGACGAAAGCUGCAAGCAAUCACCGAUUGGAAAUGUAAAGUGGAACUGAUAGUAGUAGACUAGUAAAUAUCAAGGGAAAAGGCUGAUGUCUACUACCUGAUAUCUAUAUACCAGAUCCCUGAUGGUGCUCCCUGGGAA